AUGCCGCCCGAGAAAGCCGUGGCCGGGGCAAGAGAUGGGAAGACAGCUGGCCAAGAGAAAGGCAGGGCGAAGGGCACGAAGCGGAAAUAUCAAAGUACGGAAGCCGACACCAGAAAGAAACAACAGGAUGAUGGUGAUGGUGAUGAUGGUGACGACGAUAUCGAAAUCGUCGCUGAGAGACAGCUCGAGGACGGUAGUGGCAUGGAAGACCCAUUGCAGAGACAGAAGCUGAAGUUGAGAACUGCAUUGAUGAUGGACUUGACCAGGAGAGAACAGCAACGUCAUUCGCGUCCGAUGGUGCGCCCCUUACAGAAAAAUGGCCCUGCUAGUCAGCUACAGAAAGAAAGCAAACAGAAGGAAGACCAUGCCAGGAGACAACCUGGGCUGAGUCCACGACAUUGCGGCUAUAUAGACUUGACGAAGACUUCGACGCUUGAUUCGCCGAGAUCACAGCUCGAGCAGGCGGUGUCGCCGACGUCGACGGCAGCCACAGGAGAGAAAACCAUCCGGGAACUCGUCAAAGACGCUUUUGAAUACCUCGACUCGGCAGCCGCCCAGCGCACAAACACCUCCACGCAGGGGACCGGGACACGAGAAGACGACGGGGAGUUCGGCACAGAAGUCGUGCGUGGCGUACGCGACGGCUCCUUUCAGGCGGCGGUGGAAGAAUUCUCGGAGCAGCACUGGGCCCUGGACGAGGCUGUGGGUUCUUCGAACGCAGGUCGCGACGGCCGUAGGACACAAAGGCUCGACACGCUCGUCGACAGCGUGCGCACCUUGCGCCGAGAGAAGGCCGCCUCUGUUGACCGCAUCGCGGGUCUCCUGGAGGAGAAGGCCGCGGCCACGGCGCGCGAGGCUGCAUUGCUGAGGAGAAUCGCUGCACUCGAGCGCAUGGUCCGUCGUGCAGGCGAUGGUGGGGAAGAGGAAAAUGUACCGGGCGUGGGAAUGGGGGUGAUCUCGCCGUCGCCAACGCCUCAGGCUCCGUAA